AAAGCUAGAACGACUUCUGCUGACGUUUGCCCAUACUGGCAACAACUGACAUUCUUCUUCUUGCGACAUGCGCUUGUGUUAUCAUUUUUUGGACAGACAGUGAUUUGUCCACUAAUACAGCACUUGAUCAUCAAUGGGACGUCUAAUUCUGGAACACACGCUGCAGGGCCACAAAGGGCGCAUCUGGGGAGUGGCAUGGCAUCCUAAGGGCAACGUAUUCGCAUCCUGCGGCGAGGACAAGGCCAUCCGCAUUUGGUCGCUGACCGGUAGCACUUGGAGCACAAAGACCAUUCUAUCCGACGGCCACAAACGCACAAUUCGCGAGAUUCGUUGGUCUCCAUGUGGCCAGUACUUGGCUUCGGCCAGCUUCGAUGCCACCACAGCGAUCUGGUCGAAAUCCUCGGGAGAAUUCGAAUGCAACGCAACAUUGGAGGGCCAUGAAAACGAGGUGAAGAGCGUUAGCUGGUCGCGGUCCGGCGGAUUACUGGCAACAUGUUCGCGGGACAAGUCCGUGUGGAUCUGGGAAGUGGCCGGCGAUGAUGAGUUCGAGUGCGCCGCCGUUUUGAACUCGCACACACAAGAUGUAAAGCGCGUGGUUUGGCAUCCGACCAAGGAGGUUUUGGCCUCCGCCUCAUACGACAACACCAUAAAAAUGUACGCAGAGGACCCCGUAGACAACGACUGGGACUGCACGGCGACUCUCACUUCCCACACGAGCACGAUUUGGGGCAUUGACUUUGAUGCGGAUGGCGAGCGCCUGGUUUCCUGUAGUGACGACACAACAAUAAAGAUCUGGAAGGCAUACCAUCCAGGAAAUUCGGCCGGAGUGGCUACGCCCGACCAGCAAACCGUUUGGAAGUGCGUGUGUACACUGUCCGGCCAGCAUUCGCGAGCUAUCUACGACGUGUCCUGGUGCAAGCUUACAGGUCUGAUAGCGACAGCCUGUGGCGACGACGGCAUACGAAUCUUCAAGGAGACCAGCGACUCCAAGCCAGACGAACCCACGUUUGAGCAGCUAACUGCGGAGGAGGGUGCUCACGAUCAGGACGUAAACUCGGUUCAGUGGAACCCAGUGGUGGCCGGUCAACUGAUAUCCUGCAGCGAUGAUGGCACCAUUAAAAUUUGGAAAGUGACCGAGUAACAGAACGAUUAUGGUUUGGUAUAUUUAAGUGGGUAAAGCUGGAACCUAAUUUUUGUACAGUUUGCGUAAUAACAAAUUAAAGUAUUCGUAUUCAAAUGA